UCGCAUCCCUCCCGUACCAUCACUUCGUAGCACAAUGGUCUUCGCCCUCGCCACUCGAUCCGCUCUGCGAUCUGCCGCAAGGCCCGCUGCCUCCAUGGCUGCCAGGCCCGCCGUGAUGCCAGCUGCCAUGACCCUUGGUCGACGUGGUUAUGCCGAGGCAGUCAGUGACAAGCUCAAGCUCAGCUUCAUCCUCCCUCACGCCGCCAUCUUCGAUGCUCAAGAAGUCACCCAGGUCAACAUCUCCGGUUCCACCGGAGACAUGGGUAUCCUCUCUUCCCACGUUCCCUCUGUCGAGGAGCUCAAGCCUGGACUCCUCGAAGUAAUCGAGAGCUCCGGUACAAAGAAGUGGUUCGUCUCUGGUGGUUUCGCUACCAUGCACCCCAACAACCGACUGACCAUCAAUGCAAUUGAGGCCUACCCCCUGGAGGACUUCUCUCAAGAGGCCAUCCGAUCUGCUCUCUCCGAGGCACAACGAACCGCCGGCGGAUCCGGAUCGCCAGAGCAGAAGGCUGAGGCUGAGAUUGAGGUAGAGGUUCUCCAGGCUCUGCAGUCUGCCGUGUCUCGCGCUUAGAGUGCGUUUUACCGCGAGCUUGUGCGUGGGGGCCAAUGGAGAUGUAGGAAGACCGAAGACGAGAGGGACGGACUGCGCCCUCUCCUUGUACAGAAACUAGAGUAGUGGGGCGAGACGCCGCAAUCGAAUCUGUUUGGACAUCACUUCGAAGUAGAGAUGUGAGCACGAUCGACUGCAUCCUCAUCGAGAUACCCGAAUAGGUUAGGCUGGGAGAGCAGACGAGAGCGGUGGAGUAGCAAGGCAUCUAUGGAUUGAAGUGGACGAGAGGGCUAUAUGAUACAUUCCACGAAGGUUCGUGAAAAAAAGGAAAAGAGCGAAAGCAGACGUAU